CCAAGCGUAACCAUCAGUCCGUGUGCUUGCCCAUACCCGGAAGGUUAGGUGUUGCAGCAUUCACAUACACGAGCAGACGAAACCUCUUCGCCCUAUCAAAACAAAGAUGCUGAAGUUUGUGGUUGCAGUUCUGGCGCUGGCCGCAAUGGUGAGCGCUGAGUUCGUGGUGCAGACGCGCGACGAUCUGCUGAAGUAUCGUGCCGAGUGCGUCCAGUCGCUCAGCGUUUCGGACGAGCUGGUGGAGCAGUACAAAUCGUGGAACUUCCCGGAGGAUGAUACCACCCAAUGCUACAUCAAGUGUAUCUUCAACAAGAUGCAGCUAUUCGACGAUACGAACGGCCCGAUCGUAGACAAUCUGGUGGUGCAGCUGGCGCACGGUCGCGAUGUCGAUGAGGUGCGUGCCGAGAUCGUCAAGUGUGCCGGUACCAACACCGACGGUAACGUGUGCCACUGGGCGUACCGAGGCUUCCAGUGCUUCCAGAAGAACAACCUGUCGCUGAUCAAGGCGAGCGUGAAGAAGGAUUAGACGCUUGUACACUAAAACCGCACGGCAUACGUAUAUGGCCCCGGUUUCUGGUGGAAAUGGUGAUUCGGAACGGAAUAAAGUGAUCUUUGCAAGCAUA